GCCUGCCCAUCUGCAAGGGCUUUACUAUGGAGCUCUGUGGGCCGGGUCUACCAACCUUCUAGCUUGGGAUGGAGAGCGACUCAGCUUGGGCGAACCUCACCAGUCAGCAUACGUUCGACGUCGUCCCUACGGGCAGGUCAUAUCAAGCUCGACCAGAACGAAGGAAUUUUCUAUGUGAACAACAUCUUCCCGCACCACCUACACUGGUUCCUACGGGGUCCACUUAGUCACAUACAGUUUCUUGAUGGAAUCUUGCAAAGGAUCAGCAAUCCAGAUCUCUCGGCAUCAGAUCCAAGCACUAUUGCACAGCGUGCUUUGCCAAGUAGCCUUGGCCUCGAAAUCAAGGAAGUGGUUCCUCGGUACAAAGAAGGAGGCGCGUUUAUCAAAUACGCCCGAAAACCUGAUAUGAACGAUGAAGACAUUAGAGGAGCGGUACAAGAGCAUUUAAGCAAGAACCCGAUAAAACCUUGGUACAAUCCAUUCCAAACGGCUGAAAUCGACCUUGUGCAGGGAAGACCUUGGAUCGAGGAUUUGACGAGGAUCCCCAGCCAGUCAUUGAAGAUCGAAUUCUUGCCAGACUCCACCGAAGGAGGGGCUGUUGAGCUGACACAUGAAGCUCUGUACACUCUGUUCCGACCAUUUGGAAAGCUUCUUGACAUUCACUCUCAGCCCAGUGAUUCCAAGGUCGAGCCGAGGUAUGCCACUCUGCGAUUCAGCCGCCUGCGAUUCGCGGUGAUGGCACGAAAUUGCAUGCACGGGUAUGUGGUACGCGAAGCAGAGGGUGGUGGCAAGACCGGGACUCGCUUCAAGAUCAACUACGAGCGUAAGAUCAAGCUGUCUAUGAUCAAAGAUUGGAUUUUCAACCACCCUCGAAUCGUGAUCCCCGCUAUAGCAGCAUUGGUGGCGACCAUCACAGUCAUCAUUUUUGAUCCCAUCCGCACAUUCUUCAUCAAGAUUAAAAUCAAGUCUACGCUUCAUACCGAAGACAAUCCAGUCGUGCAAUGGGUCCGCAGACAAGUCAGCAAAGCCAACAGAAUGUACUUUGGAGACCGCCGAACGGACUCACGGGGUCUGGCAGCCAUCUGGAAAGACCGUCAAAAGGAGAUCUCACAACUGCAAGCUUGGCUAACAGAGACUGUUGAGACCUUUAUUGUCAUACACGGUCCACGCGGCUCUGGAAAGCGAGAAUUGGUUUUGGAACAGGCACUGAAAGAGCACAAAUACAAAGUCAUCAUUGACUGCAAGCAGCUUCUAGAUGCCCGAGGUGAUGCGGCCACAAUUUCUACAGCUGCAGCUCAAGUUGGCUACCGACCCAUCUUUUCCUGGAUGAACAGCAUCAGCAGUCUCAUCGACUUGGCCUCUCAGGGAAUGAUUGGUACCAAGGCCGGAUUCAGCGAGACCGUGGACGCGCAGCUCAGUAAGAUCUGGCAGAACACGGCUGUCGCUAUGAAGCGGGUAGCUCUGGAGGGUCGAAGAAGAGAGGACAAGGAUGCCAACAUGAGCGAUGACGAAUAUCUCGAGGCACAUCCCGAGAAAAGACCUGUCGUGGUCAUUGAAAACUUUGUAUAUGACUCGGACGGCGAUAUCGUUCUUGACAAGCUUACCGAGUGGGCGGCCGGCUUGACGACAGCGAAUAUCGCCCAUGUUAUCUUCCUCACUACGGACUCAUCCUUCUCAAAGCCGCUCAGCAAGGCUCUUCCGAAUCAGGUCUUCCGCACUAUUGGUUUGGGUGACUGUUCUCUUGAAGUUGGCCGUCGCUUUGUGAUGAGCCACCUUGAUACAGAAGCAGAUGGUGGUGUCGACAAUCAGAAAGAAAGUCCCACACGAAAUCUGACUGGUUUGGAUGACUGCAUUAAGAUCUUGGGUGGUCGUAUUACCGACCUUGAGUUCAUGGCACACCGAAUUGAGGCCGGAGAGACUCCUCAAGCUGCGGUGGAUCGCAUCAUCGAUCAGUCAGCUUGGGAAAUCAUGAAGAUCUUCAUCCUCGCGACCGAUACUGUCACUCCUCAGUGGACUCGUGAACAAGCCUGGUACUUGAUUAAAUCGCUUGCCCACGCAAAAGAUGGUUCCCUCCUUUACAACAAAGUCCUCCUCGCAGACUUGUUCAAAGACAAUGGCGAAGCUACUCUUCGAGCCUUGCAGCAAGCCGAACUGAUCUCCGUCAGCUCUGUCAAAGGCUUCCCUGGGUGGGUCAAACCCGGCAAGCCCGUCUACCAAGCUGCCUUCCAGCGACUCAUUGAAAACAAGACACUUGAAGGCCGUCUCGAUCUUAUGAUCCUUGGACAACUCAUUAGUCAAGAGAACAAGAGCAUCAGAAAGUACGAGGAGGAGCUACAGGUGCUAGGAUCCCUGCCGAAGCAGCCUCGGGAGCUGACGUCCCGUAUUGAAUGGCUUCUGGGCAAGAUCCAAGGCUCGCAGUCUAAGAUUCUCAAAUAUGAGCAUGACAGCGCGGUUUUGGCCAGGAUGCUUCAGAGCGAGAAAUAA